AUGGUACUUAUUAAUAGUCUAAUAGUUGUAUCAAAAACGAUGACGGUUCUUAAUGAAACAACAAGUACUAAACCGAUGGAAACAACAAGAAAAUCCAUAAUUUCAAAUUCCUGCAGUGGCGUUGUUACUAUCACAUGUUAUUCAUCAAGUCAAUGUGGUUCAAAAGGGCAAUGUAAUUCAAGUACAUAUACUUGUGAAUGCUCAAAAGAUUAUACAACAGGUAAUCGAACAGCACCAUGUGAAUAUGAACAAAAAUAA